GUGGAAAGAGGAGAGAGUGCAAGAACAGUGGGAGGGAGAAGAUACAUCUCUCUUAUUCUCUCCUAUUGUCCUGUUCAGGUGAUCUCUGAACAAGAACAGGGGGAGGAUGCGGAGCAAGGUGAAAAUGAAGUUCAAGACAGACCCCAACUGCAAAAGAAGAGGGAGCACCUCUCCCCGAAGUCCCUACUAACUCAAACCCCACAGCAGAAUUUGACUCACCUAGAGCUGGUCUCUAGUUCACAAGAGUUCUGGGAAGUCCUGGACAAUCUCUCUGAGCUGGACCAGGGCGCACACUCUAGAGGACGCAGGGACCCUGUGUCAAACACAGGCAAGGUUAAGAAAAUUUUUGGCUGGGGUGAUUUUUAUUCCAACAUCAAGACAGUAAAGCUGAACCUUUUGAUCACUGGGAAGGUCGUCGAUCAUGGUAACGGUACCGUUAAUGUCUUCUUCCGGCACAACUCCACUGGGCAGGGCACUAUCUCUGUCAGCCUCGUCCCGCCCACCAAGACAGUGGAGUUUGACCUGGAGCAGCAGAUCUUCAUUGAGGCCAAAGAAUCCAAGAUCUUCAACUGCCGGGUAGAUUAUGAGAAAGUGGAUCACGCCAAGAAAACCACACUCUGUACUUACGACCCCUCCAAAACCUGCUACUAUGAGCACACCCAGAGUCAUGUCUCCUGGGUCUGUUCCAAACCCUUCAAAAUCAUUUGCAUCUACAUCACCUUCUACAGCAUAGACUACAGGCUAGUGCAGAAGGUGUGUCCAGACUAUAACUACCACAGUGAUGUACCUUAUUACCCCUCUGGAUGAUAGACCUCUUCCAUCUCAGGGAUAGCCCAGAGACGGGUGUCCUGGGGAAACAGUUUUGUAAGCUGAAGCAGAGUGCAGGGGUCUCUAAAACCAGAGUUCUGAUGCAGGACAGAAAAGGAAGGAGUACUGAUUUUCUCUGAAAGCCUAAGCGUUGAAGAAAGGAAUUCUAGACUCAGGGUACUGGCUUUUCUAAACCUGACCCAGAGCUGUGGUGUUUAGAGACUGGGCUAUGUAGAAGAUGCCUGGACACGAAGUACAGAAAUCAUCAUCAGGAUUUGGGUUUCUCAACACAAGAAUAUUUGCCUGGACCU